AUGGAACCUCAAGAAAAGGAUGCCCGCGAUGCACGCCUCGAUGCCGAGACCGAAACUACCCCCUUACUCCGAGGUUCAUCGAAGUUGAACGCAGAGCCGUACGAUGUGAUACCAGCGAAGAACCCGCAUCUCGUAGAGAGCCUCGACUACACCCCGGAGGAAGAGCGCGAUGUCCUCAGAAUCCUUGACAAGUGCCUCAUGCCCUGCAUCCUGCUCACGACGUUUGUCUUGAACAUGGAUCGAACCAACAAUUCGAACGCGAUCUCGGAUAAUCUCCCGUUCGACCUCGGGUUCGACAUCGAUGUUGUCAACACCGCAACGGCUAUGUACUCCGUCCUCUUCGCUAUGGCCUGCCUUUCAGGUGCCAUAGCAGCCAAGAUUGCAGGUCCAUCUCGAUGGAUUCCGACGCUUAUGUUCUCCUGGGGGCUCGUAACGCUGGCUCAUGUUCUAAUUACGGACAAGUCUGGAUAUUUAACUGUCAGGUGCUUUAUAGCCAUCACUGAAGGAGGCGUCAUUCCUGCAACAUUGGUUUAUCUUGGCGGGUUCUACAAAAGCACUGAGCUGGCCACUCGGUUAGCAUGGUUCUGGGGAAUUCAACACCUUGCAAGUGCAGUUAGUGGCCUUAUGGCCAGCGGGCUACUUAAAUUACGUGGUAUUUAUGGCCUUCCUGGGUGGAAGUGGUUGUUCCUGGUCGAUGGGAUCAUCACAAUUGUUGUCGCUGUGUUUACAUGGUUCUACCUACCUAGAGAUAUGACAUCGACAUCGGGCGGGUUUCGUGGUAGAAAACCUUGGUUUAACGAACGCCAAGUUCAGAUUGCAGUAACACGCGUUAUUAGAGACGACAUAUCCAAACGAUCAUACGAGAAGACCGUCACAUGGUCAGAUAUUAGAGACACACUCGCUGACGUCGGUGUCUGGGGCCAUCUUAUCAUUAGUAUGAUCGGACAGACGCCCAAUACGCCGAUGCAUACCUACCUCCCUACCGUCAUCAAGUCCUUUAACUUCAACGUCUACGUAGCCAACGCUCUCACCGCGCCGCCUUACAUCCUACAAGGCAUCUCCAUGAUCAUCGUCAUCCAUCACUCCGAUAAAGUUCGUGAACGCGGGUAUCAUGGGGCCUUCGGCGCUGGCUGGCAGCUCGCCGGUUGGGUGUUCCUCCGGAGCUUACCCAGUGGCGCAGGACGGGGUCUCAAAUACCUUGCUGCAGUCAUCGUGGCUUCGUGGCCUUCAACGCAUCCUUUGAACAUCGCAUGGAUGACGGAGAAUACAGGGAGCGUCGGGAAACGUACAGUUGCCUCUGGUCUGAUCAUCGGUUCUUCCAAUAUCUACGGCGUUUGGGGCUCCCAGAUUUAUAGAGCAGAUGACGCUCCUGACUUUAGACGUGGAAAUCUCAUCAACAUCGGGUUCGCCGGCACCGCAUUCAUCCUCUGGUUUGUGCACAAGAAUAUUUAUGGGUAUCGCAACGCACGAAAUGCAGCGAAGUUGGCUACUCUCACCGAAGAUGAUCUUCUUCACGAAGAGAAAGCGAGAGAGGCUAAGGGUAAUACAAGCCCGUUGUUCUCCUUCACCACGUAG